AUGCUACUCGAUGGAGGAGCUGAUAUCGAGCACAGAGAUUCCUCGGGAAGAACACCUCUAUAUAUCUCCGUAGAGUUAGAAAACGAAUCAAUAACACGGCUACUUCUCGAAGGAGGCGCCAAUACAUCAGCAAUAUGUGGAGAGGUCGGGGGCAAGACACCCCAUAUCUCGGGGAAUCCACAGGGAGAACCAGCAACGCCCACCAAGAAAGGCAUAGUAGAGGUGUCAACAGUCGGGCCAAAAGGCCAGACGCGACUUCACACUUCAGUAGCAAAAACAUCAAAAUUCAGAAGCCAAGACAUAUCACCGCCCCACGCGGCAGUGCGGCGAGGGAAUGCAGCAACCACUGAGUUACUCCUCAAGAAAGGCGCCGAUGCAUCCGAAACCGGAUUAUUCAGACGAACACCACUCGAUGUCUCUCUAAGAAGAGAGAAAGAAGCGAUGAUUAAAAUACUUCUUGAGAAUGACGUUGACCCAUCAGAAGCCGGCGACGAUGGACAGCCCCCGCUCCAUCUUUCGGCCGAGGGCUAUAAUUCAGCGAUUACUCGACUCCUCCUCGACAACGGUGCAGAAAUGUCGAUAGUCGAUCACAACGGAAACACACCGCUUCAUGUGGCGUGUAGCCGCAAACCACUGGAUCGUCGCUUGAAUAAUGCCAGUAUUCUAGAAACAGUCUCGUUGAUGCUUGAGCGGGGAGCCGAUGUUACAGCUACGGAUGGUGAAGGAAGGACUCCACUUGAGCUUACGACUUGUUAUUAUAAUCCUGAGCUAGCAAGUCUGUUGGGAACUGUGGCCGUGAAAUCAUAG